AAGAAUUAGAUCCUCCUUCCGGUUGGCAAUUAAUGGAAAAGUCAGGUAUUCGAUAUAAAAGACUGGUUUCCGAAGUUUAUGCAAAGCAUAAUGAGUGCCCAAGAAGAUCAUCAGCCCUUAAUCUUUGUGCCUGGUGCCCAUGCCCAUGA